AAUCUGAGGGUGUCGUGUACUUCGCUCGUUCUCUCUGGGAGCCUUCUAAACUCUCCAGCCAGCUCUGCCCGGCAAAUCUCACUCUCCACACUGCCCUCCCAUUCCACGCCUUCUCAAGAUCGCAGCUUCCUUCAUAUACUCCUCCCUUUCCCUAUCUUAUGUCUUUUUUUGGAUUUGAUCCGUCCGCGGAUCCCAAGGCUCGAACGACCGAGUCAUCCUUCUUCGAUGACGAUGUUUCUGGUAACGACAGAUACGACGGCCUCGCAGGCGAUCUCGAUCAAGAGUACGAUCAUUUGAAUGAUGAAACUUUUGGUGAUUCGGCCGAACCGGUUGGCCGCGACUUUGAUUUCUCUGCGCAACCCGCCGACCCAAUUCGUGACAGAUUCGAGAGCGAUAAGAUUCUAUUCCGCCAGCGGCCGGUGCAAGACCAGAUGAACGAAUCUUCCGCACGCUCUUCUCCGGCCGAGCGGUCCGGAUCCGAGCCUCCCAAAUUCGAGAUACCUGAAUUAAAGCCGAUGGCUGCGCUUUGGGAAUCAGGAGUUCCGCUUUCCCAGCAGUCGACUUUGCAGCCACGAACCGCAACUGCUCCCGAACCCAAAAAGUUCCUGAGUUUAGAAGAGGUAGAGGCCCAGUUGAUGGCUGCUGCUAAAUCUGGCAGCAUUUCACAGCCUCCGUUGCCUGGAAUGCCCUCUCUUCACAUGCAAUCCCAAAUGCCUCCUCCGCAGUUCCCUCAACAAAUGAUGAAUAUGCAGCUAGGCGGCGGAAGAAUGCCAAUGCCUAACUACCCGCAACCAAUGAAUAUGCCGCCGGCCCAAUACCAACAAUUACCUUAUGGAUUACAGCCCUCACCUAAUGCUAUUCCGCCGUCAGAUAAUCAGCAGCGAAUGCAGCCCCCAUCUAGCCAUCUUCGACAGGAUUUCAGACAGCAGCAACUUCCGCCUCAACAGCAUCUACCGCUCCAGCAACAACACCCACUUCAACAGCAGCCACAGCACCAGCAACAGCAGCAGUAUGGUCAGCAUCAGUCACCUACGGUGCCGAAGCAAAGCGGAGGAUUUAGCGAUCAUCCAGCUGCAAAUAUUGGCUCGCGCUCGGCGUACAACAGUAGCCAAAACGCUCCCCAUGCAGAGGCAAUUUCGACUCAAAAUUUAUCAGAAGCUGAAAUAGCGAAGCAAACGAAAGAGGCAUAUCUAGCCCGGUACAAUGGUCUGAUGACGUCCUCUGAUAAGAAUCACGUCACUCGACUUCAGUUGCAGCAAUUGGUGAACGACGAUCCAUUCACAGAAGAUUUUUAUUAUCAAGUCUAUACAGCUUUGCACGUUCCUGAGGGCGAGCGCUCUGGUGGGAGCACUGCCGAGAUAGCUGAAAAAUAUUUGAAUGAGCACGGUCGUCGGACGCGAUACGGACUGCGAAGGCAGACGGAGAGCAUGGCCCGUUUACAGCAACGAGCUAUUGCCGCCGCUAAGGCGCACCCAAAACACGAGCAAUAUGUGAUAGAAGGUGCGCUGGGAAAGAUUGCUUUUUCGAGCGGUAAGGCACCCCGCAAGAUUCUGGAUGUAUCAAGACGGCCAGCAGAGAUAUAAAUUUUAUGUUGUAGUCUCAUGUACGAACAAUUUUUUUUUCGAUGUACUUUGGGGUAAUGUUAUUUACUAUUGAGAUAAUACUGUUCUCAGUUUGGUGUCAAAGCUGUAAUCUAAAGCAAUUGGUAUCGGUUUCUCAAGAUGUCUGAGGUUUAAAUAGUAGUAUUUGUUGUGCGGUAACCAGUUAGUUGCAUA